CACUCGCCGCGUAAAACCUCAUUACAACCGUCUUGAAGUUGUCGUUCUUCUUAUAGAGGGAGCCAAAUCCUGAAGGACUUGUAGCGAUUUUUAUAUUCGAAGACGCUGAAAAUGACUUCUUCCUCGGCGACUGAUCGUAGAAUAAGUGCUCUGGCCAGACACCUUUCCGGUGCUUCUUCGUCGCCGGCGAUGGACAUCUCUGCCUCUCCGACCUCGUCCUCUCGCGGCAACUCUGUUUUCAAUCAUCUUGUUCAAGCCCCCGAAGAUCCAAUCCUUGGAGUGACUGUUGCGUUUAACAAAGAUCCAAGCCCUGUCAAGUUGAAUUUGGGAGUCGGCGCUUAUCGUACUGAGGAAGGAAAACCUCUCGUUUUGAAUGUAGUGAGAAGAGCCGAGCAGCUGCUUGUAAAUGAUAGGUCUCGAUUCAAGGAAUAUCUUCCCAUUGUUGGUUUGACAGAAUUCAAUAAAUUGAGUGCCAAGCUCAUUUUUGGUGCUGACAGCGCUGCUAUUCAAGAGAACAGGGUUACUACUGUUCAGUGUUUGUCAGGUACUGGCUCCUUGAGAGUUGGAGCUGAGUUCUUGGCAAAACAUUAUCAUCAACGCACAAUAUACAUUCCAUCGCCGACAUGGGGAAACCACACAAAAGUUUUCUCCCUGGCCGGUUUAUCUGUGAAGACAUACCGCUACUAUGAUCCAGCGACACAUGGGCUGAACUCCCAAGGCCUACUGGAAGACCUUGGUUCUGCUCCACCUGGAGCUAUUGUGCUUCUUCAUGCAUGUGCUCAUAACCCUACUGGUGUUGAUCCGACUCUUCAGCAGUGGGAACAGAUAAGGCAGUUGAUGAGAUCAAGAGAUUUGUUACCUUUCUUUGACAGUGCUUAUCAGGGAUUUGCUAGUGGAAGCCUGGAUGCAGAUGCACAGUCUGUUCGUAUGUUUGUUGCUGACGGUGGUGAAUGCCUUGUAGCUCAAAGUUAUGCAAAGAACAUGGGCCUCUACGGGGAACGUGUUGGUGCCUUAAGCAUUGUCUGCAAGGCAGCUGAUGUGGCAGGCAGGGUCGAGGGCCAACUGAAACUUGUAAUCCGGCCCAUGUAUUCUAAUCCACCAAUUCAUGGUGCUUCUAUUGUGGCCACAAUCCUCAAAGAUAGGGACAUGUACAAUGAAUGGACUAUUGAGUUGAAGGCAAUGGCUGACCGUAUUAUCAGCAUGCGCCAGCAACUUUUUGAUGCCUUGCAUGCUAGAGGUACACCUGGUGAUUGGAGUCGCAUAAUCAAGCAAAUUGGAAUGUUUACUUUCACGGGACUGAAUUCAAAGCAAGUCGCCUUCAUGACUAAAGAAUACCAUGUCUACAUGACAUCUGAUGGGAGGAUUAGCAUGGCAGGUCUCAACUCUAAAAGAGUCCCGCAUCUUGCAGAUGCAAUUCAUGCUGCGGUUACCCGUGUUUCCUAGGUCUGGUGAUUGCAAUCUAACGAGCAUCCCUCAGGCUUUGCAUGCACUACUCUUUUUAUCUCUGUUUCCGAUGUAAUAAUUUUCACCUCAACAAAUGGAAGAAUGGAGUUAUCUGGGUUUUUUGUAUUGACGGGAACUGUAGGAGCUGCAGAUUGCAGUGCUUAAAGUCCUCGAAUUCAUGUAGCUAAUAAUCUUGUUGGGGUUGAGGUUCUGAAAAAACUGUCCAGCAUUUUAAAGCUUUUUUUGUUUCCAAAAACUGAAGAAUGCUCUGUCAGUCAGUCAGACUGGUUACUCUGCGACUGCAAGUUGCCUAGCAAAUUGUAUGCUGAUUAAAUCAAAAUAGCUUAUUUGC